AUGACCGACCGACUCCCGCCCAAUUUGCUGGCGCUCUUCACGCCGCGCCCACCUCUGCGAUGGGUGCCGCCCUGCGAUAAGGCCCCCGAGCAGCGAAAGACAGCGACAAUCUCUGGUGUUGCCGACUUUCUCCCAGCCAUGGAGGAAUACAAGGAGAUCCCAUACACCCCGACCGAAAGCUGGCUCGAGGCGCGCGACCGCAAGCAACGCGAGAAGAAGGAAGCUCUCGAGAAGCUCCUGACCGAGGGUCCCCUCAACUACAAGCCAAACGAGGACCCCAACAUCCGUGGCGAUGCCUUCAAGACGCUGAUUGUGGCGCGUCUUGACUACAAUGCCGAUGAAAAGGACCUUGAGCGCGAGUUUGGCCGCUUUGGCCCCAUUGAGCGUAGCAAACAGAUCCGCAUCGUCCGCGACACCCAUGCCCAUGAGAAGCCCAACAAGAAGCCAAAGCCGCACCGCGGCUACGCGUUUGUUGUGUACGAGCGAGAGAAAGACAUGAGAGGUAAUAUUGCCCACAUUCAAACCAUCCUUCAUCAUCAUGUUCGACGGGUGCUUGUGUUCAGGAGUCACGGCGCUCAAGAAUGCCUGCCUCGCAACAGCAUCCCCUUUCCUUCCUUCCCCUCCGCAUCGUUUAUACUGCCUUCAAGGUAA